AUGUCUCAGCAGUGGGCCCCCGCGCCGACUCCACCCACGCCCCUGGGCAACUACCGCCUACUCUCGCCCCUCCCCGGCAUUCACGUCUCACCGAUCUGUCUCGGCGCGAUGAGCAUCGGCGACAAGUGGGCGGGCUUCGGCUUUGGGGCGAUGGGCAGGGGGGGCAUCAUGAAGGUGCUGAACGCGUACUACGAGCGCCGCGGCGAUUUCAUCGACACCGCGAACGCGUACCAGGACGAGACCUUGGAGGAGUUCAUCGGAGAUUGGAUGGAGCAGCGCGGAUCCGAGACCAGAUGGUGA